AUGUACAGGUUACAUCUACCCUACGGACAGAUGUAUAAUCCUGGAAAUACUGCAGGCAUUCUGGUACGACCCCUUGGAAACGUGGCUAUAGUUGCCACUCUAUCAUCUGGAAGGAGUCGUAAGAAAUUCAGUAUGAGUGGAAGCCGUGCCUCACAUAUGGAGAAGAAAGAGGAAAUAGGGAAAGCAUACACAUUUAUGUAG